AUGGCACUGAACACGACCAUUGGUAACGCCGCGUCACUUGCCGCCUGCGACGGCAUCGUCGACCUGAUCGACGCCGGCUCUGGGGCAGGCAAGCUGCGGAUCUACAGCGGCACGCAGCCGACGAAUCCGGACGUGGCGAUCACCGAUCAAACGCUGCUGGCCGAGCUGACGUUCGGCGACCCAGCCUUCGGGGCGGCCGCUGAUGGCACACCAGGCGGUGUCGCAACCGCCAACAGCAUCACCGCGGACAGCAGCGCGAACGCCUCCGGAACAGCAACGUGGUUCCGGGCGGUCGACAGCGACGACAACGCGAUCUUCGACGGCACGGUCGGCACAUCCGGGGCCAACCUGAACCUCGACUCGGUGUCGAUCACGGCUGGCCAGAGUGUGACAACCCUCGACGGCCACCCGGCGGAAGAACCCGUCUCGCUGAGCCUGCUGCCGAUCAUCGCGCUAGUGGGGGCGAUCAGCGUCGACGACAUCACGGUGACCAGCACGAAGACCGCCAACGUGACUGUCGCCGACAAGGCCCUGAACUCAGGCGAGGAGACGCACGCCGGCACGGUGCACGCGGCGGGCGAGCUGCUCAAGUUCACGGUGGCCAGCGCCAAGGAAGGGCACGGCAAGUCACUCGACACGACGAUCAAGAUCCGGGUGCAGAAGGCGUCCGCAAACUUCGACAAAACGUACAAGGCCCAGGUCGAGAAGACCGACGGGGCGGAAGUGGGCGCCAACUCGACGCUGAUCAUGCGGGACGGCGACCCUGGCAGCAGCGACCCCGUGGCGUUCCGCGGCAUCCUACCAUCGGAUGCGAUCCAGAACCGCAACCUGCUGACCGUCACGAACACGCAGGACAUCGCGGCCGAGGUGGAUGACUACGCCAACGAGGCGCACAUCGGCCUCUUGGCGCAGCGAGAUAGCGCGACCGCCAGCGACAACACGCACCGGCGCUAUAUCAAGUUCGGCAGCGAGUACGGCGGAGCGGGCUCGGGGCGUCAGUACGACUGGUACACCGGCGCGAACGCGGCCCACGUCUGGAUUCUCUACGACGCCCUGGCGACCACGCACCGGCUGUGGUUCCCGACUGGCGGAGACACCGAGAUCCGCGCAGCGACCGGUGCGAACCGUGUGAUCCUCAACCGCAGCGAGGGCGGCACCGAUGGUCUGGCGGUCUACAACGGCGCCUCCGACAUCCUGUUCGCCGUGGAUGGCGACGGCGAGGCGACGAUCGGCGGGAGCUCGAUCGCAAACGUCGGCCUGACCAUCGCGGACAAGUCGACGGCGAUCCGCGCCUACAACUCGUCCGGCGUCUCGCUGACCAUGGGCCGGGACGGCGGGACGGUGGGCAACAACCAGGCGCUCGCCACGAUCAACUUCCGCGGCGUGGACGAUGCCGAGGCCACCGGCGCGCAGAUCAUCGCCUACGCCGACGCCGCCUGGGCCGACGGCGACACGCCCGGCCGGCUGACCUUCAGCACCACGCCGGACGGGAGCGAUUCGCUCGUCGAGGCGAUGACGAUCGACUCCGACCAGUCGGUGACCCUGGCCGGCGACCUGCUGGGCCCGGUGGCCGACUUCCGUAACGGCGACCCGGGUUCGGCCGACCCGGCGGAGAUCCGGGCGAUCCUGCCGAUCGACGCGGCCGCGAAUCGCAACCUGCUUACGGUGACCAACAGCCAGGACGUGGCCUCGGUGGUCGACGACUAUGCGAACGAGGCCCAUAUCGGCCUGUUCACGCAGCGCGACGCCGCGGGCAGCACGAGCACGGCGCACCGCCGCUACAUCAAGUUCGGGACCGAGUUCGGCGGCGCCGGGGUUUCCCGCGCUUACGAUUGGUACCUCGGCGCCAACGGAGCCCACGCGUUUAUCUGCUACGACAACGAGGACGCGACGCACCGGCUGUCAUUCCCCACGGCAGGUGACUCCGAGGUCCGCAGCGGCACGGGCUCGACCAAGGUGGCCAUCAACCGCAGCGGCGGCGGAACCGGUGGGUUCGAGGUCUACGACGGCACGACCACCUCGGUGUUCACCGUUGAGUCAGACGGUGAUUGCUCGAUCAACGGCGGCACUACCAACAAUGUCGGGCUCACGAUCAACGACAAGUCGACGGCGGUUCGGGCGUUCAAUUCGACGGGGUCUUAUCUGUACUUCGGACGCUCCGGCGGCACGGUCAACAGCGGCCACACCCUGGGCGGCAUCUACUUCCGCGGCGUGGACGACGCCGAGGACACCGCCGCCGCCAUCCUAUCGCAGGCCGAGGCGUCCUGGGCCGACGACGACACGCCGGGGCGGCUGGUGUUCAGCACCACGCCGGACGGCACCGACGACCUGACCGAGGCCGUGCGGAUCGAACACGACGGCGACCUUAAGCUAUCGCGGGGAAACCUGCUGCUGACUGAAAAAUCGGCCGACCCGAGCAACCCCGCCGAGGGCGAAUCCGUGCUGUGGCAGUCCGACGGCACCGGCACGGGCGACGAUGGCGACAUCCUGAUCAAGGUAACCGCGGGCGGCGUGCUGACCAUGCUCCGCAAGCUGUUCGCGUUCCUGCUGCUCGCUGCGCCGGCUCUGGCCGACGUGGGCCCCUACAAGCACACCAACGGCCUAGGGCCCUCGGCCGUCUACGUGCUGUUCGCCGACGACAGCGACACCGCCGUCCGUAUGACCGAGGGGGCCGGGCUGAAGGCCGGGCUCUACACGGCGUCGGACUCCGACAUCGCCACCGCGCUGCUGGCCGCGGGAACCCACGCGGGCACGAUCCGGGUGGGCGACUACUCGAGCCCGUCGGCCAGCGACCAAGUAAUCGGCGUGUUCGGCGGGUUCGUCUGGUCAGGGUCGGCAGAGGUCGACCAGGUCGGCGGCAUCAAGGCCGUCACCGACAACCUGCCGGACAGCGGCGCGCUGACCACGAUCAACACCAACGCCAGCACCGCCGCCACGCAGAGCACGGCAGGGGCCAGCUCGGCGGCUGCGGUGCAGGCCAAGCUGCCGGCGGGCGGCAAGGUGAUCGCUGCGGCGGGCGACAGCGUAACCGACCUCGACGGAGUCAACAGCGGCGGCACGUCGGCUCCGUUCCUCAAUCGCAAACCCAACGCCACAGUCAAGGUGAGCACCAGGGCGGACGGCUACCUGACCAGCAACCGGGUGCGCGUCCUGCCGGGAGAGACCUACGUGGUGGCCCUCGAGUACCCCGACCCGAACAACUGGCUGUUCGCGAUGACGCUGCCCGUCUCGCCUGACACUGACCAGCUGACCGUGGACUCGGAUGCUUACGGUGUGAAUCGCAACCUAGCCAUGGUGGAGGUCACGCUGGCAGCGGACGCCACGGUUGGCUCGACCAUCACCCUGCCGGUGAGCGUGCAGCCCGAGCAGGGCACGACAGACAAGCGGAAGGUGUUGUUCGAGGUGAUCGAUCCAGACCAGUAG